AUGAGCCAUUAUUUACAAACAAUUGACCAAGGAAAAAGAAGACAUUGGAAAGAAUUUUAUGCAUGUUCGAGGCAUCAGGAAGAUGAACUGAAAAAUUACUUGAUUAAUCGAAUCCAUAGAAUUUGUCCAGGCUUUAAAUACCUUAUAGAUUUUGAAUGGGAAGUCAAAUCUAAAAGAGGAAAAGGAGAUUUAAUUUUUGGAUCAGAUUACGGGGUUUAUUUGAUAAUUGAAACCAAAUUUCUUAAUACAGAAAGUGGCAAGACUGCUCAAGUUUCUAGACAUGACGCUAGACUUAAAGUUAAAGAGCAAGCUGAAAGAUAUAAAGAAAUUGCUACUGAAAGAUUUUACGCAGAAGCUGUUAAAAUAAUUGGAGCCACAUUCACCAAUGAAGAUAAUAAAAUCCAUUUUCUCGAUGGUGAUGAAAAAAUCGCUCGGUUUGUUUCUGAAGCGAAACUUAAAAUUGGAUAUCUUUGA